AUUCAGUUACGCCUGUUCGGUUACAGUGUGAGCAUCAUGACCGCAGUCGAGCCGCAAGUUGUUGCCAUAAGCAUCGGCAACCUCAAGGCCCCGGUGGGUUACCUGCAGCCGGAGCCAACCAUGGUCAAUUGUCCAGCCUGCGAGCACUUUGCCAUGAGUAUUGUGGCCCAUGAGACAGUCAGCUAUUUGCAGCGAAUUCUCAGUCUGACCAAGCUAUGCCGCAAGUGGUCGGGUCGUCACGAUUGCAAUCACUACUGCGCCCACUGUGGCUGCUUUAUAGGACGUUAUGUGCCCAUUGGAUGCUACGAGCGCUGCCUGUCCAGAUCGGCACGGCGAAAGGCCGUUAUGGACGAAAUGCAUCUGAAGGUGAAGCCCAGGGAUUGUGCUGUGCGUGCCCAAAAGCUGAGAUCAGAGAUUCUGGCCAAGCGGGCGGAGAAGCGCGCUAAAGCUGAGGCGCAGCAAGCGAAUCAAACUGUGCUGCUCAACCAAUGAGCACAAACGGUUGUCAUUCGGCGAAUUGGCCAGAUGGUUGGUGUCUUGUCUAAUUGUGCAUGCCAAAGCAUAAGUUGAGCUCUGUUAAAUGUUGCACAUUUUUUGUUGUUUUGACUAAGUUAGUUUUUAAAAAUGA